ACUGAAUCAAUGAACGACUCAUUUGUUUGAAUGACUUUUAUUUUUGAGUCAAAAUUAUUUGUCAAAUGAUUUGGUGAAGCAUUUCAUUCACGCACUACAAGAAGUGAUCCCUUUUUGGUGAUAAUGUCUGGCAAUCAUUGCUGCGACCACGAGUGCGAAGGCCACCAAUCCAUCAAUAAUACCGAAGAUUUGGGCGUUUUAUACAGUCUUUACACCCGAAUAGACUCCGAUCGCAUCGAGUGUCUCAAUGAAGCCGUCGAAGGCUCCGGAAGACUGGUCUUCAAGCCAUGGGAUCAGAGACUCAACUUUGAACAGUUUGUUGAGAGCGAUUGCGAUGAAGAACUACUCUUUAAGAUACCAUUCACCGGAAAUGUCAAACUUAAAGGUCUUAUCGUUAUUGGCGGUGAAGACGAGUCCCAUCCCUCGAGAAUACGAUUGUACAAAAACCGUCCGAAUAUGAACUUCGAUGACGUGAACGUCGAGGCGGACCAGGAGUUCGAGACAAUGCGUGAUAUGAAUGGCACUCUUGAGUACAUUAUUAAAAUUGUCAAAUUUUCAUCCGUCCAUCACUUGACGAUUCAUAUUCCCAAGAAUUUCGGUAAUGAGACCACAAAAGUCUAUUACAUUGGCCUUAGAGGAGAAUUCACAGCUACACAGAGAGAAGCAGUUUUGAUUGCCAACUAUGAGUUGGCCCCAAACCCGGCUGAAUGCAAGACCGAUAUCAAAGACACAGUUCCACAACAAAUACAUUAAAAUUGGACUCAUUUUGGGAAACAAUCAUUUUUUAAUUAUCUUAAUUGUCGGUAUAACUAAUGUAAUGCUUUUAAUUAAAUGUUUUGUUAAUUUUGUUACUAUGAUAUAAUGUGACAAUUAAAGCGAUUAGUCUCUAU